UUUUUCUUUCUUUCUCUGGGUUUCUUUUCCGACCCAAGAGAGGGCCAUGGCGUCGCAAAUCCUCAGACGCGUUCUAUGUGGCCGUCAAUCCGGGCAGAUAUCGACUGCGUUGAUCGAAAAUCCUUCUUCAUUGAGGCUUAUUUCAUCCCCUGUUCGAGCACUAUCGUCUGAUGCCUCAGAGUCAAUCCAGGCUACUAUUUUCCCCGGCGACGGAAUCGGACCUGAGAUCGCUGAAUCCGUUAAGCAGGUGUUUAAUGCUGCUGGAGUACCCAUAGAAUGGGAAGAACAUUUUGUGGGAGACAAGGUAGACCCAAGAACAGAGAGUUUUCUGACAUGGGAAAGUCUAGAAUCUGUGCGUAGAAAUAAAGUUGGGUUAAAAGGGCCCAUGGCUACUCCAAUUGGGAAAGGCCAUAGGUCUUUGAACCUUACUCUAAGGAAAGAACUUGGUCUCUAUGCUAAUGUCAGACCUUGCUACAGCCUCCCUGGCUACAAAACUCGGUACGAUGAUGUCAAUCUUGUCACAAUCCGGGAGAACACCGAAGGAGAAUAUAGUGGUCUUGAACAUCAGGUGGUGAGAGGUGUCGUUGAGAGUCUCAAAAUUAUAACCCGCCAAGCAAGUCUGAGGGUGGCAGAGUAUGCUUUUCACUAUGCCAAGACUAAUGGAAGGCAGAGGGUGUCUGCCAUCCAUAAAGCCAACAUCAUGAGGAAGACGGACGGUCUUUUUCUUAAGUGCUGUCGUGAGGUUGCGGAGAAGUACCCGGAGAUAGACUAUGAGGAAGUCAUUAUCGACAACUGUUGUAUGAUGCUUGUUAAAAACCCUGCACUUUUUGAUGUAUUGGUGAUGCCUAACUUGUAUGGAGACAUCAUCAGUGACCUCUGCGCUGGCUUGGUUGGGGGUUUAGGUUUGACUCCUAGCUGUAACAUUGGCGAGGGAGGCAUUGCUCUUGCUGAGGCUGUCCAUGGUUCAGCACCCGAUAUUGCUGGGAAGAACCUUGCAAAUCCUACGGCUUUGCUGUUGAGUGGUGUUAUGAUGUUACGGCAUUUGGAACUGACUGAUCAAGCUGAACAAAUCCACGGUGCCAUCAUCAAGACAAUAGCAGAGGGGAAGUAUCGAACAGUUGACCUUGGAGGCACCUCCUCAACCUCAGAUUUUACAAAAGCAGUUUGUGAUAAUCUUUGAAACUUUUUUAGUUGGAUUCAGGUGUUACAGUUGAUACGACCAAUUGUCCAUCGGCUACUGAAUAAGACUGGCCUAGUGCUGCCGUAUUUUUCUUUCUUUUUCAGUUUUCCCUUUUCUCUAGUAUCUCCUUUCCCACCAUUUCUUGUUUUUAUGGUUUGUUAUAGAUAAAGCUGCCAUGGUCUGUGAUUGGAUUUGACCAGAACAAGUUGAGCUCUGGACUUAUUCCAAGCUCACUACCAGCAUUUUCAUCUCCUCGUGUAUAAUUGUAACUAAAGCAAUGAGCUAACAGAUUCUUUAACGAAACAUUUUUUUUUUAAAUAUUAUCGGGGUUCUUGAGUUCUACCUUGAGAGAUCAA